AUGGCUGGACUCACGAUCCUCUCUCAAGGCGUGGGUUAUGGAGUCGUGCUGGGUGUUGGCUUUUUCUUCGCCCUUGGUAUGAUGUUCAUAACUUGGGCACUCAGAAGAUACAACAACGAAUUGCAGACCAGUGAGGUUUUCUCUACUGCUGGUAGAAGUGUCAAGUCUGGUCUCGUUGCUGCUGCAGUGAAACUGUCAAAAACGAGUAUUGACUUCUGUGCUAGAUUACAAAGCUCUGCUGUGGCUUACAACUAUGGAGUUUCCGGACCUUUCUGGUAUGCUUCGGGAGCGACAGUACAGGUCAUUCUCUUCGCGACUCUGGCCAUUGAGCUCAAGCGUCGAGCUCCCAAUGCUCAUACUUUCCUGGAAGCCAUCCGUGCCCGCUAUGGUGGAAUCACUCAUGGAGUCUUUAUCGUAUUCGGCCUCAUGACCAACAUCCUGGUUACAGCUAUGCUAUUGACUGGCGGUAGUGCCGUCAUUCAGGACCUUACUGGCAUGAACCCCGUGGCUGCUUGUUUCCUGCUCCCAGUCGGUGUCGUGGCCUACACAAUCUUCGGUGGAAUCAAGGCUACCUUUAUUACGGACUGGGUGCACACAGUGGUGAUUUUGAUCAUCAUCUUCUUGUUUGCAUUCACAGCUUAUUCGACCAACGAGAUCCUUGGAAGCCCUAGCGCUGUGUAUGAUGCGCUCAAAGCGGCUUCCGCUCGCCAUCCUGUCGAAGGUAACGCCCAAGGAAGUUAUCUUACCAUGCAAUCCCGUGAGGGAGGAAUCUUCUUCGUUAUCAACCUGGUCGGCAACUUCGGUACUGUCUACCUUGACAAUGGAUACUGGAACAAGGCCAUUGCCGCUUCACCAGUUCAUGCUCUUCCUGGGUAUGUGAUGGGUGGCUUGACUUGGUUUGCUAUUCCUUGGCUUUGUGCCACUACUAUGGGUCUUGCAGCCCUGGCUCUUGAGAACAACCCUGUUUUCCCUACCUAUCCUCUCCGCAUGGCAGCCGAAGAUGUCACUGCCGGACUAGUAUUGCCCAACGCUGCAGUUGCUCUCCUAGGAAAAGGAGGUGCUGCUGCUACUUUGGUGCUUAUCUUCAUGGCUGUCACAUCAGCUAUGUCUGCUGAACUGAUUGCUGUUUCGAGUAUCUGGACAUAUGAUAUUUACAACACCUACAUCAAUCCUAAGGCUCACGGCAAGAAUCUCAUCUACAUGAGUCACGUCAGCUGCGCUGUAUUCGCAUUGAUCAUGGCCGCCUUUUCGACAGGUCUAUACUAUGCAGGAAUUGGUAUGGGAUACAUUUACUUGAUGAUGGGCUGCAUCAUUGGUGGUGGCGUACUACCCGCUGCUCUGACUCUACUGUGGUCGCAACAAUCAUGGGCUGCAGCAACCUUCUCUCCUGUCAUUGCACUUGCUUGUGCCCUUGUCGGUUGGCUUGUACAGGCAAAGACUCAAUACGGCAAUCUCUCCGUCGAGUCUACAGGCUCGAACUACCCUAUGCUCGUUGGCAAUGUAGUUGCUCUGCUCACACCUGUAGUCACCGUCCCCAUCCUCUCGCUCGUUUUCCGCACCGAAAAGUAUGACUGGCAGUCCAUGAAGCAAAUCAGAAGACCCGAUGACUCCGAUCUCACUGCCGCUGCCCACAUGGACCCUGAACUACUACCUGGCGGUGCCCACGGCGAAACAGCACAAGCACUUGCAGCAGAAGAAGCAGAGCAGAAACACCUUCUGCGCGCUUCCAAGAUUGCUCGCACAUUGACUGUAUGCCUGGCAUUGUGUUUCUUGAUCCUAUGGCCUAUGCCCAUGUAUGGCAGUGGCUACAUCUUCUCANAGAAGUUCUUCACUGGAUGGGUUGUGGUUGGUUUCAUUUGGUUGUUCGUUACAGCAGGUUGUGUGGGUAUCUACCCUGUCUUCGAGGGACGCAAGACUAUCAUUAGGACGUUCAAGAGCAUGUAUCUGGAUGCCACGGGCAAGAAGCAUCCCGUCACUCAUGGCAGAGCUACUAUUGCUGAGACUGCGGUGGCGGAGGAGAAGAUGGAGAAGGAGAAGGAUAGGGAUGCUGAGGCUGCUGCAAGGGAUUCUGAAUGA